AUGCUCCUGGUCGGCGGGACAGGACUGUGUUUUAAAUGCAGAGACCUGACUUGUCUUUUGAACGACUCCUUUAACAUUGUGCUUUUCACUAACCACACAGCAUUGUACAAAGGACGAGCACACUCACUGGGCUUUGUAAUUCCAGUAAAGUAUCUUAGCUUUAUAAAAUCAGUCAACAAGAAGUUUACCAUAGAGACGGAUUUAGAUAAAAUCUUUGAGUUUAAAAGCAUAUCUGACAAAGCUAGAGUGCAGGAGUAUGUUUGGACACAGAAAUGGGACACCACAUUUGAAAUCAUACCUGAUUUAAUACCAAAAGCAAAGAUAGGCACAAAACCAAACACAGCAAGACCAACCAGAAAAAUGAAAUAA